UCAUGGCGUUCGUGCAUGUGAACGUAAACAAUAACGUAUAGCUGUCAGAUGUAUGUGUACUCAGUUGACCUUUCAUAACAAAGGAAGUUCGACCGAACAUGAAAUUGGCGGAAUGUGAUAUUGCGAAACGACGCAAAAAGUGGAAGAGGAAGCGACGCUUGAAGCGCUUAAAGAAACGACUGUGUGAGCAAGAGGUUAGGUUUAACGCGAGUCAUUGGACGGCUUUUCCCGAGUAUGUCACAGAUGCACGGGAGACUUUAGCGACGGGCACGAUGCAGGCUGACGCUUUCUGGAAGAAUUACGCUGUAGCUCAGGAAUGGCAGAAACGACACAGCAUAACCUGGUGGAGAUCACGUUGUGUUGCCCUCGAGCACGAAAAUAAAAUACUUCGCGACAAAGUAAGAUCUCUAGCUCAACAUCGUGGUUAUCGUGACGUUCAGAAGGAUUAUAAUUAUCACGUGGAUAAUGAUAAUGAUGACGAUCAGGAAGAUAACGACAAUGAGGAUAUGGAAUUCAACCUGACCGAGGAUGUGUUGAAAUUUUUCGAGACGAGCGAAAGACACAAGCAAGAGUUGCGGCGAAAGCGUGAAACCGAGUAUAGCGAAGCUGAACAUAGUGAGACCGAGCACGAGAUGGAUAAUUUAGAGGAGCAACAUUUAGCGGAGGAACCCUUUGUUGACGCUGUUGAAAGCAGUCAGGUAAAAAAAGAAGAGACUGACCUGCUGCACAAUGAUGCCAGCUCUAAGAUAUUGGCAAUGAAAAUCGCUCCACAAAGUACAGUAGAGCGACAUGAAGAUACAGCGAAUUCAUAAUAUUAGCCCAGUAUUCCUCUGAAACCUUAAGAUUAGCUAUAAUAUUAUAGAAGACAACAUUACUGAAAUGCCAAUUGCUUCCUGUUUCGCAAUUGUGCUCCAAAUGUAACAUACUUCCAUUAAUACGAGAGAUCACCGGUAGAUGACACCAUCUUACGGUUUCUAUGAUUUUUGCUGUCGCUCUGUAACUAUAGAUGGAAUUGCUAGGACUGAUAUCAAGACUUUUUCAAUAUUAAUAAUUAGAAAGGAAUAUAUUUAUUUACAGAGUAAAAAACUUUAUUACUGACAGUGUAUACAUUACUGUCAAUCAAAAUUAAAAUGCAUUUUGAGGUGGAAAAAGUAUAUCUUAUAUUGUUUCAUUAAUUUUUAAUAGAAUUUGUAAUAUAUCUAAAUAUUAUUAUUACAAUAGUUAAUUGAAAAUGAAAACCAAUCCUUUAAUUACAUAUAAAACUUACAGUUUGAGAAACGCAUUUUUCUGCUGAAUUAUAUUAAUUUUUAUUAGUGAAGUAGAUAAUAACCCAUACAGCACGAAUCACACUGGACAUGUUUCCGAUUAGUUUCAGAGAGCUAACUGUUACAAGACGAUAACAAUAGUUAUCAUUGCAGAUAUGUAUUCGAUAUCAAAUAGAUACGUGUCUGUUACUGCACAAAAUAGUUUCAAUCGUCGCGUUCAUUACAUGAAAUGUAGAUACAUAAUAGAAGUCUAAUUUAAUAAUAAUAAAAGCCUCGUAACAUAUGUGAUAACCGACAUGUAACUGCAAUACGUCAAGUACGUAACGUCGGUUUACAACAGAUAUGUAACUAAAAUAUAUCACAUACUUAUUGAAUCUAAUCUAUACAAAAU